UUGGCAAUCUCUUCAUGUUUAAAUCGACUGGAGCCGAAACACCUGAUGUAAAUGAGUUGCUGUCCAAGGGCCAAUACAACAACAAUCUAUUAGCUCGAAGAGUCAGAGAGUCGGCUAGAGAUCUUCUUCUUGAAAGCAAAAACAAUGAGCUCCUGGAUAAUGACGAUCUUGCUGUAUGGUUUGCGCACUUUAUAUUCUCCUAUUCUGUGGAAUUGUGGAAUAUCUUGGAGAAGUACAAGAACCCCGUCGCUGAUCAUGGGAAAAAUUACAUCACAUACCCCAAUUUCCUAAAAGUGAGGGAUGAGGUUUGUCCCAAAGCAAACGCCUUUUUUGCAUAUGGUUCUUUUGGUAUCGCCUUAGUGAUUUCAUCGAAUCAAAUUAUGUCAAGUUUUGUCGAUUUGCCGCUUUUUAGACGGUUCUUUACAGCGACCACAUUUGCAAAGCUCUGUCAUGGCGACCGUUUCUCUCGCGUAAAUAUCCUCAAUUUCUUCAACUAUGUAAUGAAGACCGUUUGGUUGCAACAGACGCGCAUCGGGAUCUCCUUUUACGAUGAGAGCGGCGAGGGCUAUCUUCGCGAGACGGACCUCGAGAACUACAUUGCUGAACUCAUUCCCUCCCUAUGUAAGGUGUCUGGGGUCGACGACGGUUUUAAGCCAUUCUACGUAUGUACCGCCACACGCAAGUUCUUUUUUUUCCUCGAUCCAAUGCGUGCAGGUCGAGUGCGUAUCUGCGAUAUCCUGGCUUGUGGUUUCCUCGAUUCCAUUCUCGAGCUGAGGGAGACUACCACCUCACAGGAGCGACUGGAGCUCAAUUGGUUCUCCCUCGAGUCAGCACGGCGAGUGUAUGCCAGCUACUUGAGGCUUGACACGGACCAGAAUGGAAUGCUCUCGCGGAAGGAACUUGCUGGGUACAAUAACGGUUCUCUGACUGACGUCUUUCUGGACCGAGUUUUCCAGGAGUGUCUCACUUACGAGGGAGAGAUGGAUUACAAGACUUACUUGGAUUUUGUUUUGGCGCUGGAGAAUCGAGCGGAGCCGCAGGCCAUCUCCUUCCUCUUCCGUAUCAUUGAUCUUGGUGGACGAGGGCGGUUGUGCUGCCAGACCCUCGAGUACUAUUUUACAGCUGUUCAGGCGCGUCUGGGUGAUAGUUCCGAUGUGCCACGAUUCUGCGACGUGUUGAAUGAGAUAUUCGACAUGGUACGACCACAGAAUCCAGACUUCAUCACCUUGGAUGACCUACUCAGGUCAGGCAAGGGUGACACAGUGUUGAGCAUUCUGUUCGACGUACAAGCCUUCCUGAUGUAUGAGAAUCGGGAAGCCCUGGCUGCUGGACUAGGAAUGGAAGCUGUUAUCUAA